AAAAAUACAAGUUCACUUCCUCAGGCUGUUGGCUCGUAAUUUUUGAUCAUCAUCAAAAAAUAAUUAUCAAAAAUAAUCAUCAUCAGCAAUAAUAAUGGAUACAAUUGUUUCACUCAUCCUUCAAAGCAAGAAGAAGGAUCAAUUAGAUGAUCUCCAAAAGAAGCUUGAAGCUAACAUUGAUAAGUUGAGACAAAUGACUGGUCAUGUUUCUACAGCCUUGAAAGCUUUGAGACCUGAUGAACACGCUAUGGGUAUUACAUAUUUACUUUUCGCCAAGGCUACUCUUCCAAAGCUUGAUGAAAGCUUUUUGGUUGAAGUUGAAGGUUUUGUUUCAGCUAUGGAUGGUGAACAAACUAGAAGAGCCGCUAACAGAUUUGUUUAUGUUACUAAUAGAUAUAUGGAAUUGUGUAGAGAUAAUAACUUGUCAAGCAGAGGUAUUAGAACCCUCCAAGUUGCUGUUCAACGUUUCCGAAAGUCAUCAGAAUUUUUGACUCCUGUCCACAGUCAAUUACUCUGUUUGUGUUUGAAGAGUAAGAACUACAAGAUCGGAUACAAUUUAAUUGAAAAUAAGAUCUUUGAUAUUGACACUGAUAUCACUGGACUUACACCAAGAGAUAUGUUGUUGUAUUAUUACUAUGGUGGUUUGAUCUAUAUUGGCAUGAAGGAAUACUCAAAGGCAUACAAUUUUUAUGAUCUUGCUAUGCAAAUUCCAGCUCUUGCUUUGAAUGCUAUCAUGGUUGAAAGUGCCAAGAAACUUGUUUUGGUUUCACUUUUAGUACACGGUAAAUAUUUGGGUAUUUCAAAGAAUGCUUCAAACUUGGUUCAUAGACACAUGAAGACAUUCUGUUCUCUCUAUUUAGAUUUUGCUUCUGCUUUUGAACGUAAUGAUGUCGAAAAGGCUCUCAAGAUCAUGACUGAAAAUGCUCAAGUUUUCAAGGAAGAAAAGAAUUUGGGUUUGAUGAAGCAAUGUAUUUCUGCUCUCAAUAGAAGAAAUAUUCAAAAGCUUACUUCAACAUAUGUUACUCUCUCUUUGGUUGAUAUUGCCAAGGCUGCUCGUUUGAAGGAUGCUAAGGAAGCCGAAUCUCUCUUGUUCAAGAUGAUUGAUAAUGGUCAAAUUAAUGCUAGAAUUAACCAAGUUGACGGAAUGGUUACCUUUGAAGAAGACAGUCAAUCAUCUAACUUUGUUUCUCCUUUCACAAAUCAAACUCUUGAUAGAAGUAUUCAAAAGACAGUUGACUUUACCAAACGUCUCAAGAGGAUGGAUGAAGAAAUUUCAACAUCAUCUGCUUAUAUUAUUCGUUCAUUUGGUUUGAGAGAAGAAAUGUUCACAAUGGAUGCUAUGUCUAACAAGAGAGGUGGUGCUGCAUCAAUUGGUCGUUUGCUUGGAUCUUUCGACAUGUGGAGAUAAACUCUUAAAUGAUCUGAAAAUUUGUAAAUCUAUGUAAACAUAAAAAGUCCUGUAAUUUUU